AACUGUCAUGUGAUAACCAUAAGUUCUAUGAUUAUAAUUUAGAAAACUGAGUUUGUAGGUAGUGAAAACUGGUAUUGUUUUCUUACUGAUUUGUUUUAAUAUGACCUAUAAACGUAAGAAAUACCAUCACGGUGAUACACAUUUAAAGAAAAGGUGGAGAGUGCGUAAUCGAAAGAAGGACUUGGACCAAAUUGAUGGAGAUCUAAAAGAAGAAAAAGCUGAAAUACUUCUAAAUCAAGAAGUAGAUUUGGAUUUACCUGGUGCAGCUCAACACUACUGCUUACAUUGUGCGCGUUAUUUUAUUGAUGAGCAAGCACUAAAAGAGCAUUUUAAAACAAAAGUUCAUAAGCGAAGAUUAAAGGCUCUUGAAUUAGAGCCUUAUACUAUAGAGGAGUCUGAGAGGGCUGCUGGUUUUGGUAACUUCAAAUUACCGAGUAAAAGAAAAAUCGUCACUCAAAAUACACAGAUUGUUGAUAAAGAUGGUGACGUUAUAAUUGAAGAGGAUACUGUACCUAAAAAGAAGAAAAUUGAUGAAAAUGCUACUUAAAAGUAUAACUGGUUUGUCAAAACAUUUUUUUGUAUCAAAGAAGUCAGUAAGAUGUUCCACUUUAUUUAUAAAUGGACCAAAGGCUACAGACAACUAUGUUUUUUUGAUACCAUAUAUUGAUUUAACAAAAGUUUCCAGUG